AUGAAAUUAAGCCAAAAAUUAAUUUCCACCUGUCAAAGUGUUGCAUUUUUACUAAGUGUGAUGUUAAUAUUCUCUAAAGUCGCUGCUUUCAAGCAUAAAAAAUUACAUUUAUCGGGUUUCGUACCUAUUGAUAUUUCCGCGUCGGGAGGAUUUUCCGCUGCAGGAAUGCUGCCUGCUUUAGAAAUGGGCUUUGCAGAAAUUAAUAAUAGUAGCCAGGUCUUGGCAGAUUACAAAUUGGAAAUAAAUUGGAGUGACACAAAGUGUUUAGCUGGCUAUUCUACCUCAUUGUUUAUGGAAGAAAUAGCGAAAGAGCCUACUAAAAUUAUGCUAGUUGGUGAUGGUUGUUCAAUGUCAACGCAGCCUAUUGCUGAAGCUUGUCCAUAUUACAACUUAAUUAUGAUAUCCUAUAUCGCUGCAUCGCCCGUCCUUAGCGAUAAAAGUCGAUAUAAAACGUUCUUUCGAAUGGCAAUGCCAGAUUCGUCCUAUAAUGGCCCCCGAAUUGCAGUUAUGCGUCACUUUAACUGGUCUAGAAUUGCAACUAUCCAUCAAACCGAAAAUUCCAAUUAUUUUUCACUGUUGAAAAUUAGUAUGACUAAGCACGCGGAACAAACCCUUAAAAACUUGAAAUAA